AUGUUCGGAGUCAAAGAUCCCAGAGUACAAGAAGCCAAGCGAAUGUUUCGCUUCACGAUGGAAAAGAUUUCCCCCACUUCCGAUGCUCAUGGAUUAAAAGAAAUUAGUCUCAUCAAGCAAAUGAAAGCUGAUCCCGAAAGAUAUCAUCGAUUGAGCUGGGAGUUCAAUUUCCCUAAAUUAGUUGAUGUGAAUAUUCAGAAAAGCUUGGGACGAAAGGGAGGAGCUUUUGCAGUGUAUAGUAUUCAACGUUUAAUGUUUUGGGAUAAACAAGAAAAUAAGAUUGUAGGAGCUGUUGCUUUCGGAAUUGAUUGUGAAGGCCCACCUGGAUGUGUUCAUGGUGGUGCCAUUGCUACCGCUUUGGAUGAAGCAUUCGGAUGGUGUUGCAUUCGAAAUAUUGGAUUUAGUGGAGUAACACUGAAUUUAAGUGUGAAUUAUUUCAAAUUUAUACCACUCAAACGAGCUGUUGUUGGAUUAGAAAUUGAGACUGAGCGUGUAGAGGGAAAGAAAGUAUUUAUGAAAGGAAAAUUGUAUAAUUUAGACAAUCCACAAGAAGUUCACAACACAGCUAGUGCAUUAUUUUACAAGGCCAAUGAACACAUGCCCACAUGGGACGAAGCUGUGAAAUUAUUUGGUGAAGACUCCAAGCUUGCCAAGGACGAAAUUUUAUCAUAUUUUAAAAAGAGAAUUAAGAAGAAGAUUCAGGAAAAUCAACAAAAGGAAGCAAAGAAUCUUGACGUUCAACCACAGCCUGGAACAGAGCCAUCCCAUAGACUAUCGAAACUUUGA